GCAUAGUGUUUAACGUUUUUCGUGGCACGGUCUAUAACGAUUGCUAGUCGUGUAAUUUCCAAAAUUGGAAAUUAGAUAUUUUUUUAUUUUUCGGUUUUUGGCCCAUUCGGCUGCAGAUUUUUGCCUCCCGCUGUCAAUCGAUGCCACACGGCUGUCAGUGUCAGUGUCAAUUUGAAUUGUCAGCUUGCUUCUCGGCUCUCGAUUUUCCUUCAAAAUGUCGUUUCAGGACAAGCUCGCCUCGAUUAUGGCCCGUCCUGGGCAGGAUCCCGUCGCCAAAGACGACGUCCCAUGGUGGAUGAAAUACCUGGGCAGAGGGGUAGGAACAGUGGGCAGUGUUAUUGCAAUUUUAUUGGGCGUUUGGAACUGUGUAGGUAUUUUAAUUGGGAAUGUGUCCAGUUUGAUCAGUGGCAUGUGGCAAGUGGUGGCCGCUUUCAUGGUCAUCUGCUGCGAAGCCCCUUGCUGUUGUAUGUUUGUGGACCAUGUGCAGAAAUUCAGCGACUGGGUGGAGAGAAGGCCGUAUUGGAAUCGCGCGUUGGGAUAUGUGAUACUCUCUAUUCCGCCGAUUAUUUUGAGUCCGGGACUGUCGACGAUCUUUGGCAGCGGACUGAUUUUCACCACGGGGGUUAUUUACGGGAUGAUGGCCUUGGGCAGGAAGGCAACUGCAGAGGAGAUGCGUCAAGCAGCCGCCGCAGAAGCCGCCCCCCCAUCUGGUACAAAUAGGCCCAAUUCAAUGCACGCAAAUUUGGUUGCAAACGCUCAACCGAUCAGUUUUACAGGCGCCCCGGUGUACGAUAGCAAUGUUUGAUUGGAUUUUUCAUUAGUCUAAGUGUCCUCCAAGAGAUUUUUAAAUCAGUGUACCUAUGUAAUAUUAAAGUAACAUGUAAAGUUAAGAUAUUUAUCAUUCUCUAUGAAUUUAUUUAUGACAGUGGUUGAUUGUUGAUUACGCUGUAGGUAUGUGCAUAUAUCACAUAGGAAAUUCAGAUUAGGUGAAUCGAUGACGUCAAUUGAUCGGAAAUGCCUAAUUACAUUGCGUAGCUGAUUAGAGCCAACUGCCAAAAUUUCUUUCACUUCAUUUCAUUCGUUCUAGGUAGCUUCCACUGAUUUCUGCAAAGACUGUUUAUUGUUUAAGUUUUGGUCUAAGGUUAUUUUGCUCAAUGGUCAAAAAGGUUUUUAUCAAGCAUUCCAUUGACUGUGGUAACGUUUCAUUUAUCAACAAAAUUUGACCACAUAUCAACGAACGUUUUGGGUGGAUGAUUUUGUUGCUAGUCACAUAGUUUUAUUCCAAUAGCUUCUUCCAUGGGAGAUUUGUUCGGUACGUCUUUAUUUGUGAUGUUUGUACAUUAAUUUUUAUCUCUAUUUACACCCUAAUUAAGACUUAAAGUUUAAAGACCCGAUGUUAGACUAACGUAUUGUUACAAUAUUGUAUAAUGUAUGUAUAUGGAUGUAUUAUUGUAGCAAUAAAUAUCUUAUACAAUA